UUUGCAACCAAGCCAGUUAGCGGAGAAAAUCAGAAUAAAUUAUCGCCGGUGCGGAGAGAGAGACAGAGAGAGAUGGAUCCGCAGCUGACGGAGAUUUCGCAGCAGUUCGAGAGGUUCAAGGCCGCAUUCGUGAGGAAAGAUUACGAUACUUGCAGUAAUCUGUUGUCUCAGCUCAAGGUUCUUCUGACCAAAUUCAGGAGUCUGCCGCCUUUGUUUGAGAAUUCACCUAAUGCAACUCAGGAAUUGAUGAUUUCUAGGGACAUUUAUGAGCAUGCUGUUGUUCUAAGUGUAAAGACUGAGGAUCAAGAUGCGUUUGAGAGAGAUUUCUUCCAGUUGAAACCAUAUUACGUGGAUGCAAGGAGCCAUCUUCCACCAUCUCCACAGGAGAACCUAAUCCUGGGUCUUAACCUACUGAGAUUGCUUGUUCAGAACAGAAUUGCUGAAUUCCACACGGAACUGGAAUUGCUUUCAUCCGAGGCACUGGAGAAUCCUUGCAUCAAGCAUGCGGUAGAGCUUGAGCAAUCAUUCAUGGAAGGCGCGUAUAACCGUGUGUUGAGUGCUAGACAGACUGCACCUGAUGCAACUUAUGUAUAUUUCAUGGAUCUCUUGGCAAAGACCAUAAGAGAUGAAAUAGCUGGAUGCAGCGAGAAAGCGUAUGAUUAUCUCUCAGUCAGCGAUGCCCGACAGAUGUUGCUCUUCUCGUCUGAUCAAGAACUCAUGACAUAUGUCAAGAAGGAGCAUCCCGAGUGGGAAGUGAAAGAGGGGCUUGUGGUUUUCCAGAAAGCUAAAGAAAGUGCACCGUGCAAGGAGAUACCGUCUCUGCAACUCAUCAACCAGACACUAAGCUAUGCGAGGGAGUUGGAGCGUAUCGUGUAGGUGUAAGGUCCACUUUUUCACUGGUAUUUUCUCCGCGUUGUGCCCUGAAUUCUUGCAAAUCUGUUCUCAUUUUGAUUUGGGUUUUCUGGGUUUAUGAAUUUGGAUGUCUUGUAUGACUUUUAAUAUCAUAUCGCAUAUUUCCUGCAAAAGUGUGAGAUCCCGUUGACGGGAUUUGACAUGACCA